AUGUCUGGAUUUAAACUGCUUACUCCAAUUGCUUUUGACAAGCUGUUGAAAGGUGAGACAACUCAUAGAGUUAUUCCUAUAGAUGCGACAUGGUUUUUACCAAGUUUUAAAAGAAGUGGUGCUCAAGAGUUUUUAACCAUCGAGAGAAUCCCAAAUGCCAUUCAUUUCGAUAUUGAUACUAUUAAAGAUCCAAAAUCAAUUUAUCCACACAUGGCUCCUGAUUUGGAGACGUUCAAUAAAUCUAUGAGUAAACUUGGUUUGAAGAGAGAUGAUAUUUUAGUUGUGUACGAUAGAAUUGGCAACUUCAGUGCCCCAAGAUGUGCAUGGACACUAAGUUUGUUUGGGCACGAAAAUGUUUACCUGUUGAAUAAUUUCCUACUGUAUAAGAAGGAAGGUUAUCCAGUCGACAACAGUGUUGUUAACUCUUUUUCCCAAUACCCAGAAACUCAAUACAAAUCUGAUAUUAAUUUAUCACAGAAGGAAAUUAUUGAUUUUGAAAGUAUCUUAAAAUUAGUCAAUGAUAACCAAUUAUCAGCUAAAUACAACGCUUACGAUGCUAGAGCUUUGAACAGGUUUGAAGGUAAGGUGCCAGAACCUAGACCAGACAUUCCUUCGGGUCACAUUCCGGGAUUCCAACCAUUACCAUUCACUGAUGUGUUAGAGGGAGAAACAGGUACGUACCCAUCGUCGACUACGGAGUUGAAAGCAAAAAUUAACAAAGCAAUGGAAAACCUUAAAUCCACCUAUGAUCCAAAGAAGCCUACAAUUGUUAUGUGUGGAACGGGUGUCACGGGCAUCAUCAUAAAGACUGCAUUAGAACAAUCUGGAAUCAAAGAUGUCAAAUGUUAUGAUGGAUCUUGGACAGAAUGGGCAUUAAGAACAGAUAAAAAAAUCAUUGCUAACAAUAGAGACUAA